AUGUUUGCCGUUGAGGAGCCCCUGGGUGCUGCGUGUGAAGAGGGAGGGAGGGGGAAGAAGAAGAAGAAGAUGUCAGACUGGAGGGAGGUAGAGAGGGAGGGAGAGAGAGAGAAGAAGAAGAUGUCAGACUGCAGGGGGAGAGAGACAGAGAGGGAGAGAAGAAGAAGAUGUCAGACUGAUCUCUAG